CUUCAUCACUUCUGCUCUAUAACAUUUUUCGAUUAUCUCUUUUUGUUGUACUAAAUGGCUGACACUAUCUUUGGAUACCCUUUUAGACGUUUUUUCUUGGGUAAUCCUCCAAUUUACAGAGGAUAUCCUGGCUCAACAGCACUAUUGGAUUGGAUUGAGUCCCCAACUUCACAUAUUCUCAAAAUCAAUGUUCCAGGAUUAAGCAAAGAUGAGAUAAAAUUGCAGAUUGAAGAAGGGAAUAUUUUGCACCUUAGAGGAGAAAGUUUGAAAGAGGAGAAUCAUGGAAAGGAGAUUGUUUGGCAUGUGGCUGAGAGAGGGACUGGAAAAGAGGGUUUCUCAAGGAUGAUUGAGUUGCCUGAGAAUGUGAAAUUGGAUCAGAUUAAAGCACAUGUUGAAAAUGGAGUUCUCACUGUUAUUGUUCCUAAAGAUUCAGCUUCUAAAUCGCAUAAAGUUCGAAACAUUAAUAUCACUAGUAGGCUUUAAGAUUGGCAAAAAUAUAUUGUAAUUGUGUUGAUAUGAAUAAGAAUAGAGGGCAAGAAAAUGGUGACAUGGUGGUGUAAACAAUUGCAUUGCAUCUUGUGAUGACGAAUGAAUGUGUGAUGAAAUAUAUUGAACAUUGAAUUA